AUGACGACCCUGCAGCAAAUCAUUCCCCAAAUCUUCAUUCCACAUCUUCCGCCUAAGAGGCCGAUUCGUUCCCAACCGCGUACUGCUGGCUACGCCCCAACGGCUGCUCCUCCCCAACACCACGUUCCGUACUGGAUUCGUUAUGACCCAACACUUGCAGACUCGAUGAUGCAAAAGCUUCAGGCAUACCUACCAACAGCACCUGGCGGUAACUUUCCCCCAAGUCCUCGACUCCAAAACUAUCUCAAUUGCCUGCCUGAGGAUCUGCUUCGUGCCGGUUUGGGCCAUUUGAGUACCGAGGAAACCACGGUCGAAUUCUGGGACUAUUGUCUCUUUGAUCGGAUCCGAUAUGCGGUUAUGGAAAUAGAUCAGAAUGAUGCUCUACCUGCUGAAGAGGCGAUAAGGACGUUAUAUGAUCACACUCCAGACGCCUUGAUAUUGCCCCUUCCAAACACCCCGCCUGCUCUCCAUUAUGAAGCGAAAAGUUGGCAUGUUUUCGAUAAGUUUGCCCCAGAUAUUCUCACGCUAGCUCAACACGACGAGGAUGGGCAGACAGGGACAUAUUUGGACAUGGGCAUAAACGAGGAGGAUGCACGAUCCAUCAUCUUCAAGCUGGGCAUCUCCAUGAUCUGUGCAGGUAAUCCGGUAUCCUGUUUUGGUGGCCACAAAUUCAUGCUAUUUUCAUUGUUCCGUAAUGAAAACACGCUUGGGGAAGCUCGUUAUGGUCUGGCUUGCUCAGAAAUCAUUGACUGCACCGAUAAUGCAAGGCUGAUAAUACCACUUGUUACCUAUUGCCGUCGUGUGAAUUUUACCGACGAGGACGACGAGAAUCUAUGCCACUGA